AUGUCCUCGGCAGCAGCAAAGCGCCUCCAGGGCAAGACCAUCCUCAUCACCGGCGCCUCCUCGGGCAUCGGCCGGUCCACGGCGCUCGAGUUCGCGCGGACCAACCCCAGCGGCGACCUGCGCCUCAUCAUCACGGCCCGCCGGAAGGAGUCCCUGGAGGAGCUGGCGGCGCAGAUCCACGAGGAGACCAAGGGCGGCGUGCAGGUGCUGCCCGUGAAGCUCGACGUGAGCAAGGCGGAGGAGAUUCGGGGCUUCGUGGGCGGGUUGCCGGAGGAGUGGAGGGAUAUUCACGUUUUGGUGAACAAUGCCGGAUUGGUCAAGGGCGUGGCCAAGGCGCCUGAAAUCGCCGAGGAGGACUUGAACAUCAUGUUCACGACAAACGUCACCGGCCUCAUCAACAUGACGCAGGCCAUCCUCCCCAUCUUUCAGAAACGACCUAACGGCGGCCAGGGAGACAUUAUCAACAUUGGAUCUAUUGCCGGUCGUGAGCCAUACCCCGGAGGCUCAAUCUACUGCGCCACCAAGGCUGCCGUCCGAAGCUUCACAGAGAGCUUGAGAAAGGAGCUCAUCGCCACUCGCAUCCGGGUCAUCGAAGUUGACCCCGGCCAGGUCCAGACGGAGUUUUCCGUCGUUCGUUUCUACGGCGACAAGGCCAAGGCCGAUGCCGUCUAUGCUGGCUGCGACCCCCUUACACCGGACGAUGUUGCCGAGGUCAUCGUCUUUGCUGCUACCAGGCCGGAGAAUGUCGUCGUUGCUGACACCCUUCUCUACCCCAACCACCAGGCAUCUGCUCUCAUCAUGCACCGCAGACCGACUUAG